ACCGGUAACGUUAACCCACUGGGCCUUCCAAGUUAUCUUGCAGUGUCUUCAUUUAUAAAUAUGGCGUCAGUUUUGUAUCUUUUUCUGUUCCUGGUGGUUUUGGGCGAAAUUAAGAGUUUUCCGGCCGACGUGAACGAAGAUGAUGACUUAUCAAAGAAGGAAAAGACACUGCUGAAAGUGCUAGAGAAAAAGUAUAAAUUCAACAAGGAGGAAGUGGAAGCAACAAAGGAGCUGAUUGAAGACGAAAAGAACGGCAUUGAUCCUGAACAGGACAAAAUUAUUUUCCGGCUUCAGGUUGAAGAAAUCGUGAGAAAACUAAGAACGAUGAACGACGAGGAAAUGAUACAAAUAAAAAAACUUUUCGGUCGUAAAAUGGGGGUCGAAAGAGCAGAGCAGGUUUUCCAGGAGGCGGAAGAAUUGUACGAGAGCGAAAAAGCAGCAAAUGAAGAGUUGGAAAAAUCGUUCCAACUAAACAAAGGAGAAGAGGAGGCCUUUGAGGAACUUGUUGAAGACGCUGCAGAUGGGAGGGAUCCAGAAACGGAAGAUAUGGAGUUCAAGCUCGGACUUUCGGAACUGGCAGACAGCUAUGCCAAACUGACCCCAGAGCAAGAAGAAAGAUUUAAAGACCUGGUUGAAGAAGAAUUUGGAUCGGAGGAGGCAGCGAAGAUAUUCCAAGAAAUCCAGGAGAUUCACGACGAACUGGAGGCAUUAAAAGGGAGCGCCAAUGAAGAUGAUGCUAUCCGUUUAGCCGCGGGGAAAAUCAACACAGUUGCUGACGAUCAGGACAACAGGAAGUUUUGGGAUGAGCUAGAUGUGGAGGUGCCUGACGACGUUACCCCCAGUGAUAACAUUGAUAAUGGCAUGGGCCAAGCACAAGCGCAGUAUGCGGGUGCAAACUCUGACCAAACGCAGAAUGCGGGUGCAAAUCCUGACCAAACGCAGAAUGCAAGUGCAAACCCUGACCAAACGCCUGCAGGUGCAAACCCUGACCAAGCACAAUAUGCAGGUGCAAACCCUGACCAAGCACAGUAUGCAGGUGCAAACCCUGACCAAGCACAGUCUGCAGGUGCAAACCCUGACCAAGCACAGUAUGCAGGUGCAAACCCUGACCAAGCACAAUAUGCAGGUGCAAACCCUGACCAAGCACAAGCUGCAGGUGCAAACCCUGACCAAGCACAAUAUGCAGGUGCAAACCCUGACCAAGUGCAAUAUGCAGGUGCAAACCCUGACCAAGCACUGUAUGCAGGUGCAAACCCUGACCAAGUCCAAUAUGCAGGUGCAAACCCUGACCAAGCACAGUAUGCAGGUGCAAACCCUGACCAAGCACAAUAUGCAGGUGCAAACCCUGACCAAGCACAGCAUGCAGUUGCAAACACUGACCAAGCACAAUAUGCAGGUGCAAACCCUGACCAAGCACGGUAUGCAGUUGCAAACACUGACCAAGCACAGUAUGCAGAUGCAAACCCUGACCAAGUACAAGCUGCAGGGGCAAACCCUGACCAAGUGCAAUAUGCGGUGCAAACCCUGACCAAGCACAGUAUGCAGGUGCAAACCCUGACCAAGCACAGUAUACGAGGUGGAAACCCUGACCAAGCACAGUAUACAGGUGCCAACCCUGACCAAGUACAAUAUGCAGGUGCAAACCCUGACCAAGCACAAUAUGCAGGUGCAAACCCUGACCAAGCACAAUAUGCAGGUGCAAACCCUGACCAAGCACAGUAUGCAGGUGCAAACCCUGACCAAGCACAAUAUGCAGGUGCAAACCCUGACCAAGCACAAUAUGCAGGUGCAAACCCUGACCAAGCACAAUAUGCAGGUGCGGACUCUGAUCCAGGGCAGGCCUCAGGUGAAAACAAUACUCAAGGAGAGACGCUAGGUGUAAAUCUUUCCCAAGUGCAAGCUGCAGAGGCAAACUCCAGUCAAGUACAGACUGCAGAUACAUACCCUUUAGAUACAUCCACUGCUUCUACAAAAUGGACGAAGAAAAACACAACUGUAGUUAGCAGCGAUGACAGGAAAGUCCCUGAAAUUGGCAGCGAGGGAAACAAAACUGAACCAAACGUCACGCCAAGUAACGUGGAAAAUAUUCCUACAGCUUCAGCUCCAGUUACCGGAACCGUCGCCACCACCACAGUAAGCAAUGAUAAUAGUUCUGUGACGUCUGUCGAAAACGUCGCAAAUAACUCUGAAUACAUUUUAACUACACAAAUUCCUGUAAACAAGGUCAAUACUUCUCAGCCAUCAAGUGACUCCGAUCGUUUUGAAGAAUCGCCGAUCAACGACGCAUCCAGUAACGCAACAGGAACCUUCAUUACAACAACGACUGGGACCAAAGAGAGCACUCAAACGACACAAAGUAACGUCAGUAUCUCAGAAGAGCCGUCAGUUGAGGGAUCUGAAGGCAAGUUAGGAAAUAUUUCGGGUACACCGACCGCAUCUCCGUAUGCGGCGAACAACGUUACUACUGCGGGUAGUGGCGAUUCAAAUGGACUAAACAACAUCACAACUCAGAGCGUGAUCUCAACUGAAGUCAACACGUCUGGACAGAAUAACGAUGAUAAUUCGUCAGACAGAGACUUAUUAGGUGAUGUCCCAGUCACAGCACCGCCAACUGCAGAUGCUGGUUUAGUCCCUUCUACUCCAGUGGAAAACAGCAAUGGCAAACAUGAAACAACUUCAGCAGCCACGGUUCCAACUUAUGAUACAGUGAGUGCACGGAAGACAGUGGAUAAUAGCAUCGAGACAGACCAUGCCUCAGCAACUAAUGAUACAACAGUUACUGGGGACUUUACAGAUGAAGAACUUGAGAAGCUUGAGCAAUAUGAUGACUGGUUCGAUGUUGACUAUGAGGAUUGGACGACCAUACCCUGGACCGUCGGGACUACAGUAGCCAACGAUGAAACUUCAGUGAAGUCUUCAAACAACACAGCAAGUGACUCUGAAGUCAUAUCCAGCACAACGACUCCUGCUAACAAUAUCCGCACACCUCAGACAAUAAGUGUCUACGAUCGCUUAGAAGAAUCACAAAACAACGACACAUCCAGUAACGGAACGUGAACCUUCAUGACAACAAAAACUGUGGCCAAAGUGAGAACUUUCACGGCACAAACUAACGUCAGUAUCUCCUAACAACUGACUUAUAUAACAU